UCCGCCUCCCGUGUCCAUGACAACAGAAUCGCAUCUUGCGAAUGAAAACAAUGACGUCAGCAGCGUCACGUUACCCGUGAUGCCUCGCGGUGGAAGGACAACAAGCAGCUCGCGCAAACAGUCGCGCACAACCGGCUCGUUUUGAAGAAUUAAAGCCAUAAAUCCGGAACACACUACGACUGCUCCGGUCUCAUUCGGUCAUGGACCAGGACUACGAGAGCCGGCUUUUACGACAGAUCAACAUCCAGAAUGACAACUCGGGCAGUCCCGUCAGAGUCACAGAGGUCAUGCGUUCCUUGACGCCCACAAACUCGCCCCUGUCGUCGCCCAGCAAACACGGAGACAGAUUCAUCCCGUCCCGCGCCGGGGCCAACUGGAGCGUCAACUUCCACCGCAUCAACGAGAAUGAGAAGUCGCAGAAUCAGAACAGGAAGACCAAAGACGGCACGUCAGACAACAGCAAAGCUGACGGUCUGGCGUACUCUGCGCUGCUGAAGAACGAGCUGUUGGGCGCAGGAAUAGAGAAGGUGCAGGAUCCACAGACCGAAGACCGCCGACUGCAGCCGUCCACACCUGAGAAGAGGAGACUCUUUAGUUAUUCUCUGAGUGCCAAACGUUCCCUCCCUGAUGACGGUAACAGCGUGUCGCCGUACUCCCUGUCGCCCGUCAGCAGUAACAGUCAGAAGUUGUUGCGUUCUCCGCGCAAACCGACGCGGAAGAUCUCCAAGAUCCCGUUUAAAGUGCUGGACGCUCCGGAGCUGCAGGACGACUUCUAUCUGAACCUGGUGGACUGGUCCUCAUUGAACGUGCUGAGCGUCGGCCUCGGCACCUGCGUCUACCUGUGGAGCGCCUGCACCAGCCAGGUGACGCGGUUGUGCGAUCUGUCGGUGGAAGGAGACUCGGUCACGUCUGUGGGCUGGUCAGAGCGCGGGAAUCUGGUGGCGGUGGGCACUCAUAAAGGCCUGGUGCAGAUCUGGGACGCGGCGGCGGGGAAGAAGCUGUCCGUGUUGGAGGGUCACACGGCUCGCGUGGGUGCGCUGGCGUGGAACGUGGAUCAGCUGUCGUCGGGCAGCAGGGACCGUCUGAUCCUGCAGCGGGACAUCAGAGCGCCGCCGCUGCAGUCCGAGCGCCGCCUGCAGGGUCACAGACAGGAAGUGUGCGGACUGAAGUGGAGCACCGACCACCAGCUGCUGGCCUCCGGAGGAAACGACAACAAGUUGUUGGUGUGGAAUCACUCCAGCGUUCUCCCCAUGCAGCAGUACACGGAGCAUCUGGCCGCGGUCAAAGCCAUCGCGUGGUCUCCUCAUCAGCACGGGCUGUUGGCGUCCGGCGGCGGGACGGCCGACCGCUGCAUCCGCUUCUGGAACACGCUGACGGGUCAACCGCUGCAGUGCACCGACACCGGAUCGCAGGUCUGCAACCUGGCCUGGUCCAAACACACCAACGAACUGGUCAGCACUCACGGAUAUUCUCAGAAUCAGAUCCUGGUGUGGAAAUAUCCGUCUCUCACUCAGGUUGCUAAGCUAACAGGUCAUUCCUACAGAGUCCUUUACCUGGCCAUGUCACCAGACGGAGAAGCCAUCGUCACUGGAGCCGGAGACGAGACGCUGCGAUUCUGGAACGUUUUUAGCAAAAUGAGAUCAACGAAGGAAUCCGUAUCAGUUCUGAACCUCUUCACACGGAUCCGAUAAUAACGGCGAUCCUAGAAAUCAAUAAACUGAUCAUCAGUCACACGACCUCCCCAUUUUCUCUGGUGCUGUUUGACAAAAGGAAGUGAUGGAGGUGGAAAAGGAAGUGUGGUGUUUGAAGACUGCCAUUACUGCCAAAUAACUGCGUGUGUCAUUCGAGAUUGUUUGACGUCACCGCUGUGCUUUCUCAUUUUACAGAUUAUUAUUAUUAUUGUUGUUGUUCUACAGAUGAUUAUGAUGAUUUGUUUGCUGUACGUCUCCGUUCUGUCUGUCUGCCUUAUGUAGAACAUCAUUGAAGCCUUAUGUUGUUAUUAUGGAGAGACGCUUUUGUUUCUUUUAAGGGAAAAACAACUUUUUAGAGCCUUUUUACAAUCAGAAAUUUAAAAGAAAAAUCAUUUUACAUUACAUCUCAGUUUCAGAGUCGCUAAUCGAGUGUCUGAAACGAUUGCGUUCGAUUCGUUUGACUCCGUUCAGAUUACGGACUCGUUCAGAUGAUCGUGUGACUUUAAAGAUUCCUGUUGUUUCUCCAGAAUCAGACGCGAUUCACGUCUUCAGAUGAGAAACGCUGAGUUUUAUUUGAGUUCAGGUGAUUGUUUUCUCCAAGUGUUUACAUGUUUUUCAAGCUUCCUGAAUCAGGUUGAGUUUUUAUUGUUUUUACUGCGGCGUGAAUGACGGGCUGCUUGUUGUCGGUGGAGUGUUUGUUAUUUAUUGGUUUGGAGUCGAUGUGUGUUGAAUGACGAGUGUUUGGUGCCACGAACGGCUGAAUCAGUAAAACGGCCUCAAAGAACGAAACUACUAAACAAAAGAACGUAGCAGUUAAAAAUAUAUUGAUUUCAUACAGUGGAAAUGAAUAAAAAACAUGUUCCUCUCA